CUCUGAAUUGGUGGGCAUCAAAUUCUUGCAACAUGAUAAACGGAACAGAUGGAGCCAGCUUCCACCCUUUGAUCAAAAAGGAUGAGAAGCUUUACAUUUUUGCAUCUGAUGUUUGCAGGUCUUUCUAUCUGAUGUUUGAAAAGGAGGUGGAAGUAGAGGGCAUCAGCGCCUAUCGAUUUGUUCUGCCAAAAGAGGUUUUCGCAAGUGACCAUCCCAGUAACAAGGAAUGUUGUCCAGGAGGGAACUGUCCAUUGUCAGGGGUCCUGAAUAUCAGCACCUGCAAACAAGGAGUGCCCAUUUUCAUAUCGUCACCUCAUUUUUACAACGGAGAUCAGCAAUUAGUGAGUGACAUAGGCGGAAUGGAACCUAAUACAGAAGCACAUCAAACAUACCUCGAUAUUGAACCUAUGACUGGUAUCCCUGUCAGAGCAGCAAAGAGAAUGCAGAUCAAUAUUCAUGUAGAGUCCGUGAAGGGCGUUGUCCAAACUAGUCAAAUGCGGACAAUGAUUUUACCAGUCAUCUUUGUAAAUGAGAAUGCUUUAAUAGAUGGCAAAUCAGCAGCGAAACUGAAAUCAGCACUUUAUAAAAUAAAUGUGGUGACUUACAUUCCUUAUAUCUUCUUGUGCAUUGGAAUCUUACUUUGCCUGGCUGCUCUUAUCCUAGCCUUUGUUGCGUGGAGACAUAAAGACAAUAAGGAUUUUACACCAGUAAUUUUAAAGCUUCACAUGUCGAAACACAUUGAAGUGAUGGAGGAGAGCCCAGGCACAUGUACUGCUUCAAUCAACCAGAUACUAAGUUCAAGAAUUUAGUGAUGUUUCUGACAUAUGGGACAUAUUACAAUGUAACAGAUAAAAAUGGAGUUUUUGACUGACUAACUGCACAAUGAUAGCACCCAUUCACCAAUAAAUUUGAACUAUGGCCCUUUAA